AGAGAGAGGUUUCCACUAAAAUACAAUCACACAAAGUGAACCAGUCAUACAAGUUGAAUCAUUAACUUAUAUCCACGCGUGAAUAUAGAUUUAAUUAUUUGAAAAUGCGUUUGAUAUUAUUAGUUGCGGUUGUUUUGUUAGCUGUAUGCAGUGUGAGAGGGGAACAUUUGGUGGUGGGUGAUAUAGGCCCCCGCACUAUCCUAGCGAAGGAAGCGACGGCGGAAUACAGCGCCUUUCCCUUUAUGAAAAGGGUCAAGACGUUCUUCUAUUCUGAUCCACGUAAUCGACGUAUUGUGGGCAUCCAGGCAAUAGACAUGUUGCACAGUAAGGCCUCCGUGAACAUCACGGCGGGGGGCCUCGGUCAGCCGUUCGUCAACUUGCGAAUGAAGAGCGAGCGCGGCAGCGGCCUGCAGUACAGCAUUGGUAUCUACGUUAGCCCGGACUUUCAUUAAAUGAUUACGUUUAUUA